AUGUCCGACCCCCGCAAAACCAGCGACAAGAAAGACAAAGGAAAAGAACGAGAACGCCAGCCCAAUAGAUCCAGAUCCCCAGACAAACCCUCAACCUCCCCAUCUAACCCUGCACCCCAAACAUACCAACCUGACCUACCACCACCAGCUGAAGAAUGUGACUGGAACAUGAGCGACUGCUUAAACGCCCUCGUCUUAAUCCUAGCGCCCCAAGACGACAUCACUGAAAACCGCUAUCUGUCCAUCUUUGACAAACCCCUCCCAGAAGGUGGUGCAAUGAAAGUCGCUCUCAUCUACAGGAAGAACUACGAGGGAACCUUUCCUAGGAGCGAUUGGAUUGCUGAGUGUUUGGGCGCCGGACCGUCUGAAGCCGAUGCUGUGAUGGAUAUGCGCAGGGCACUGCGGACGCUUGUAGGAAAGGAGAAGUUUGAAGAGCCCGGUGGGAAAUUUUUGGAAUGGCGGCAGGAGAUAGCGGAUGUGGGUGUGCAGGAGCGGGCGAAAGAGUGGGCUAGAAACGAGGAGAUCAUUCGGUGGAUAGAGGCUGAAAGGUCCCGUUUGUCACAGCAGGAUGGUUCAGCAUCCGCAGACGCAGAAAGAAAUCAGCGGAUGCAACCUGAGAGUUCCCGAUCGGUACAGCGGUAUAAUCCAGCACAUGCAACCCCAGCACAAAAAGAAGGAGAACCAGAACCAAGAACGCAACAACCAGGCGUCAUGAUACCAGUGGUAAUGAGGCCGCUGAGUUCCAACCCGCCUGCGCCAGGUAAUUUCAAAAUCAUUAUGCGUCCAACUAAGGACGAUUCACGGACGCAUACUGCAAAGGACGAGCCCGAAGCUAGUAAUAAGAAGAGUGACGGAGACCGCAAGAAGCUUGAAUCUAGUACUAAGAAUGACGACAAAGACCGCAAGAAGCCUCAAGCCAGCAGCAGUAAAAACCUGAAGGUCGACAAAGACCGCAAGAGGCCCAAGGGCCCUCGCGAAAUGCUAAAAAAACCAUGA